GUGGAGGAAAAACUUUUCGUGCCAUGACAGAUGCACAGAGAGAUGAAAUAGCUGAAGCAAUAUCAGUUAUGGGACGGUCAUCUCCUAAUGACAAAUUAUUGCUUGUGCAAGCAUUGAGGAGGAAGGGACAUGUUGUGGCUGUAACUGGGGAUGGAACAAAUGAUGCUCCUGCACUACAUGAGGUCUGGCUACUACUACACUACUACUAUCUUCUUUUUUGUGCUAGUGAUUGUGUUGUUUUCUCAAAUUUUAAGUACCACAACAAUCUUUAUCGAUGUCAAUACUUGUAAUUGUAUAUUGAACACCAUGAGAGUUUGUUUACCCCUGGUAUACCUGUCUUGUUUUCCUGUUUGUGUAAUCACGUGAUAACAAGUCCCUAGGUUUAUUAAUGAUUCUGAUUUCAUUAUGUCAUGCUUUUCUAUAUUCGAUGUAUGAAUCUACUAUCUCUUGAUCAUAGAA